CUUCCCGGGCCUCGCAGGACCCGUAGCGCUUCGGAGGGCGGGAGCCUGAGAAGAAAAGGCGGGGAUCCAGAGCGCCGCAGGAGGUCACAUCCGGGACCCUCGCCACUCCGGGGGAGGCGGGGCAAGAGGAAGGGGGCGGGGCUCGCUCCCGGGAACCGAACCUGGACGUCCCCGCAGCCGGGAAGCUGGAGCUGGGGCUGUCGCCGCCCGUCGGGCCGCCGCGUCUCGUAGUGUCCCGGCGCUGCGCAGGGCUUCCGCGGCGCCGCUGGGGUGGCUGCGAGGCACAGGUUUCCUAAAAGACAGAAAAAAAAUGGAGGAAUCUGUAAACCAAAUGCAACCACUGAAUGAGAAGCAGAUAGCCAACUCUGAAGACGGAUAUGUGUGGCACGUCACUGACAUGAAUCGACUACACCGGUUCUUGUGUUUUGGUUCUGAAGGUGGGACUUACUAUAUCAAAGAACAGAAGCUGGGCCUUGAAAAUGCUGAAGCUUUAAUUAGACUGAUCGAAGAUGGCAGAGGAUGUGAAGUGAUACAGGAAAUAAAGUCCUUUAGUCAAGAAGGCAGAACCGCCAAGCAAGAGCCUAUGCUCUUUGCACUUGCCAUUUGUUCCCAGUGCGCUGACAUAAGCACAAAACAAGCAGCAUUUAAAGCUGUUUCUGAAGUUUGUCGCAUUCCUACCCAUCUCUUUACUUUUAUCCAGUUUAAGAAAGAUCUGAAAGAAAGCAUGAAAUGUGGCAUGUGGGGUCGUGCCCUCCGGAAGGCUAUCGCAGACUGGUACAAUGAGAAAGGUGGCAUGGCCCUUGCCCUGGCAGUUACAAAAUAUAAACAAAGAAAUGGCUGGUCUCACAAAGAUCUAUUAAGAUUGUCACAUCUUAAACCUUCCAGUGAAGGACUUGCAAUUGUGACCAAAUAUAUUACAAAGGGCUGGAAAGAAGUGCAUGAAUUGUAUAAAGAAAAAGCACUUUCUGUGGAGACUGAAAAAUUAUUAAAGUAUCUGGAGGCUGUAGAGAAAGUGAAGCGCACAAAAGAUGAACUGGAAGUCAUUCAUCUAAUAGAAGAACACAGAUUAGUUAGAGAACAUCUUCUGACAAAUCACUUAAAGUCUAAAGAGGUAUGGAAGGCUUUGUUACAAGAAAUGCCUCUCACUGCGUUACUUAGGAAUCUAGGAAAGAUGACUGCAAAUUCAGUGCUUGAACCAGGAAAUUCAGAAGUAUCAUUAGUCUGUGAAAAACUGUGUAAUGAAAAACUGUUAAAAAAGGCUCGUAUACAUCCAUUUCAUGUUUUAAUUGCAUUAGAAACUUACAAGACAGGUCAUGGGCUCAGAGGAAAACUGAAAUGGCGCCCUGAUGAAGAAAUUUUGAAAGCAUUGGAUGCUGCUUUUUAUAAAACAUUUAAGACAGUUGAGCCAACUGGAAAGCGUUUCUUACUAGCUGUUGAUGUCAGUGCUUCCAUGAACCAAAGAGUUUUAGGUAGUGUGCUCAACGCCAGUACGGUUGCGGCAGCAAUGUGCAUGGUUGUCACACGAACAGAAAAAGAUUCUUAUGUAGUUGCUUUUUCAGAUGAAAUGGUACCAUGUCCACUGACUGCAGAUAUGACCUUACAACAGGUUUUAAUGGCUAUGAAUCAGAUCCCAGCAGGGGGGACUGAUUGCUCCCUUCCAAUGAUCUGGGCUCGGAAGACAAACACAGCUGCAGAUGUCUUCAUUGUCUUCACUGAUAACGAGACCUUUGCUGGAAGUGUCCAUCCUGCUGUUGCUCUGAGGGAGUAUCGAAAGAAAAUGGAUAUUCCAGCUAAAUUGAUUGUUUGUGGAAUGACAUCAAAUGGUUUUACCAUUGCAGACCCAGAUGAUAGAGGCAUGUUGGAUAUGUGUGGCUUUGACACUGGAGCUCUGGAUGUAAUUCGAAAUUUCACGUUAGAUGUGAUUUAACCAUAAGCACCAGCAUGACCUUAGAGGUCCAUUGCCGUUAGUGAUCUCACUAGAAAUCUGCAGCUACUUCCCAGCUAAUCUCAGUCUAAAGAUGAGGUAUAGUAUGUGCAUAAUGGAAAGUUACCUUACCAAAAAAAAAAAGAAGAAGAAGAGAAAGAGCCCAAAGUUCCAUCUACUAAACUAGCUCUUGGGAAAUAGCUUCAGGAUACUGUAGCUUCCUCUAUCUAAUGGAGAAUUUUUUGUUAAUAGACAAUAUAAAAUAGUUUUGCUUUGGUGAAUAAUAACAUUUGUACUUAAAAGAGGUGAAAGCCAAAAGUGUAAUUCCAUAUCAUGUCACUUGUUUGAGAAGUGCUUACAUUUUCUUAAAUGUUUUCAUUGGGAAGGACAGCUUUGAUAAUGUCCAAAUACCCUGAAAUGCACUAGACCAUGUACUGUGAUGGAAUAUGAAACUCAUCUGUAAACUUUUAUACUAAGGGGCAAAAAAAACUAAGACAUUUGAUUAAAUUAUGAAUGAGUUUUACAAAUUCCUUUCAGAGUUUUCUAAGAUCACAUAAAUAACAGCUUUCUUAUUCAAUGAAAAAGAUACUUUAUUUCUAAUGUUUUAUUUGCACUUGUAGAAUAUGUUACCAUUAACCAGAAAUAUAAUGGCAGCCCCUAAGAAGAGACUAUUUGUGUUGGCUGAGGAAUUCUAUUUGUUUUACUUUUUUGUUUUGUUGUAUUUUAUCUCAGUGAGUGAGGGGUGUGACUUGACAGUGAUUUAUAGCCAGAUAGUCACACAUUCCUUUUUUUUAUACUCCUAAAUGAAAAUAACAUAAAAUGUUUUAAGCAUUUAAGUCUCCCAUUCUAAUCUUAAAAGUAUAACAAUUAAGGUAUUAACUAUAACUAGAUUAGCUUUUUCCUUACCUUAGAAAUAAAAAUUGUUUCAAUUACUCUUAACUAUUUUUUUAGUCAAUUGUAAAGGAGUUUUAGAUAUUUUCUAAUUGUAAACAUGUCAAUGGCCUCCUAGCUCUUUGUUCAUGAUUCAUUUUAUGGCAAAACAUUCUCUUUUGAUAGUAUAAAGAAAUAAAGCAAUCUAGGUGCUUCGGGUUUGAAAGGCAAUUUCUGAGUAGAGUAAUACCAAUUAAUCAGUCUGUAGGAAAUUUUUUUUAAUUUUAUUUGUGUUAAACUUUUUUCAUUAUUACACUAAAGUGCAUUAUUUUCUUGAGCAAGUAUCCCUUCUUCCAUGUGAGGUUUAACAUUAAAGCAAUCUGUUGAAAUGCCA